UUCCGUCCGGUUUGGUUCCUCGGAACCCAAACGUUCACCCCAAGGAUCGAAAUAAGGGAGAGCCCAAAACCCUGAUACGGUUCACUGAAGGAAGGAGAAAAUGAUGGAGAGAAUCGGAUCUGGAAGCAGAUCCAUCGGGAGAAUCGUGCUCGGCCUCUGCCUCGUUUGCGUGUUCCUAUCGGCUCUGUCGUCUGGAUCUUCCCAUGGGGACCGCAAAGCAGGGAGUUCUUCCGUAUUCUCGUUGUUCAAUCUCAGAGAGAGAAGUAGGUUUUGGAGCGAGUCUGUCAUCCGUAGCGAUUUUGACGAUUUGGAGUCUUCAGUUCCAUGGAAUUCAGGUGUUCUCAAUUACACUAAGGCAGGAAAUAUCGCAAGUUACCUAGAGCUUAUGGAAGUCGAUUCCAUUUAUCUUCCUGUUCCAGUCAAUUUCAUUUUCAUUGGAUUUGAAGGGAAAGGAAACCAAGAGUUCAAACUCCAUCCCGGGGAAUUGGAGCGCUGGUUCACAAAAUUCGAUCACAUCUUUGAACAUACCCGAGUUCCUCAAAUCAAAGAAGUUCUCAACCCCUUUUACAAGAUUAGCAUUGACAAGGACCUAAGACACCAUCUUCCUAUCAUCAGUCGAGUCAACUACAACUUUUCUGUUCAUGCCAUUCAGAUGGGAGAAAAAGUGACAUCCGUGUUCGAGCGUGCCAUUCACGUUCUAGCACACAAAGAUGAUGUGUCUACUAACAGGGACGAGGCAAAUGCUCUAUGGCAAGUGGAUGUAGAUAUGAUGGAGUUUCUCUUCUCUAGCCUUGUCAACUAUCUUCAUCUUGAGGAUGCAUACAACAUUUUCAUUUUGAACCCGAAACAUGACAUCAAAGGAGCCAAAUAUGGAUAUCGGAGAGGGUUAUCCGAGUCAGAAAUCUCUUAUCUGAAAGAGAAUAAGGACUGGCUAACUAAAAUUCUUCAAUCAGGAAGUCCAUCAGAAAGUAUUUUAGCAUUUGAUAAGAUGCGGAAGCCAUUGUAUGAGAAGCAUCCUAUGUUGAAAUUUGCGUGGACAGUCUCAGAGGAUACUGAUACGGUAGAGUGGUACAAUGCUUGCGAGGAUGCUCUGAACAAGUUGGAACAGCUAUACCAAGGUAAAGAUGCUGCCGAGCUCAUUAAGAGCAAAAUUUUACAGUUUAAAGGAAAAAACGAAGACAUGAAUAUUCUUCUUGAAAAGAGCAUAAAAUCCGGAGACUUCAGCAAUCUUAAUGCAGAAUGUUUGACUGAUAUCUGGAUUGGAAUGGGCAGAUGGGCAUUCGUAGACCUGAGUGCUGGCCCUUUCUCGUGGGGACCUUCUGUUGGUGGAGAAGGAGUUCGGACAGAACUUAGUUUGCCAAAUGUGGAAAAGACAAUUGGUGCAGUUGCAGAAAUAUCUGAAGAUGAAGCAGAAAACAGACUGCAAGAUGCGAUCCAGGAAACAUUCUCUGUAUUUGGAGAGAAAGAACAUCAGGCUAUUGACAUUCUUCUAGCAGAAAUUGAUGUAUAUGAACUGUUUGCAUUCAAGCACUGCAAGGGAAGGAAAGUGAAGCUCGCUCUUUGUCAAGAACUUGACGAGAGAAUGCGGGAUUUGAAAACUGAGCUCCAGUCAUUUGGAGGAGAAGAAAAUGAUGAAAUUCAUAAGAGAAAGGCCAUGGAUGCACUGAAACGGAUGGAGAGCUGGAAUUUGUUUAGUGAUGAUUAUGAGGAGUUCCAAAACUACACAGUUGCUCGUGAUACCUUCCUUGCACAUUUAGGUGCAACGCUUUGGGGAUCCAUGAGGCAUAUAAUAUCACCUUCAGUUGCCGAUGGUGCAUUCCAUCAUUAUGAGAAGAUUUCCUUUCAGCUUUUCUUCAUCACGCAAGAGAAAGCUAGAAACAUCAAACAGCUUCCAGUGGAUCUCAAAGUGCUCAUGGAUGGGCUUUCGUCACUCUUGUUACCUUCACAGAAGCUUAUGUUCAGUCAGCAUAUGUUAACACUAUCUGAGGAUCAUGCAUUGGCUAUGGCUUUCUCGGUAGCACGGCGAGCGGCUGCUGUCCCCUUAUUGCUUGUUAAUGGAACAUAUAGGAAGACAGUUCGUUCUUUUCUUGAUUCCUCAAUCCUUCAGCAUCAGUUGCAGAGGCUGAAUGAUCACGCCUUUCUCAAAGGUGCUCAUGCCCACAGCAGGUCUACUCUUGAGAUUCCGAUAUUUUGGCUCAUCAAUGUGGAUCCGCUGCUGAUUGACAAGCACUAUCAAGCAAAGGCACUGCCAAAUAUGGUCAUUGUUGUCCAGUCGGAGGCAUCUUCAUGGGAGAGCCAUUUGCAGUGUAAUGGGAAAUCGCUUCUCUGGGAUUUGAGGAGUCCCGUAAAAGCGGCCUUGGCUGCUGUUGCCGAACAUCUAGCUGGAUUGCUUCCUCUUCAUCUUGUCCAUAGUCAAGCUCAUGAAAGUGCGAUUGAGGAGUGGACAUGGUCAGUGGGCUGCAACCCCUUUUCCAUAACAUCUCAAGGUUGGCGCCCGUCACAGUUUCAGUCAGACACAAUUGCUCGGAAUUAUAUUAUUACAGCACUUGAGGAAUCAAUUCAAUCAGUGAAUUCAGCCAUUCAUCUUUUGAUGCAGGAGCGAACAACCGAGAAGACGUUUAAGCUCUUUCAGUCAAGAGAGCGUGAGCUGGUGAACAAGUACAAAUACGUUGUUAGCCUCUGGAGAAGGCUUUCAACCAUAGCCGGAGAAUUACGUUUCCCGGACGCCAUGAGAUUUCUGUAUACGUUGGAGGAUGCCACCAGCGGAUUUGUGAGGGAAGUGAAUGCAACAGUGGAUCUGUUGCAUCCAAUUCACUGCUCAAAAGAGAGGAAGGUGAAAGUGGAAGUGGACUCUAUCACAGUGCCCGCUUUCGUGGUGGUCGUGGCUGCCCUUUACUUUGCGCUGAAGCCGAGAGCACCCAAGCCUAAAAUCAACUGAUCUUCCGUCUAACAGACAGUACAUUACUAUUUCAUAAGACCAUGUUUUUUUUAAAAAUAAUUUAGAAAUGAAAUGAUGUAGCAACAAGGUACACCUUCUUGUCUUGUCUCAUCUCGUUAAGCUGCCAGUUAUAGAGAUAGAGUAAUGGCUACAA